AGUCCGCAAAACCAGUGGCGAUCCACGCAACUAGACGCCCAUCACGUUGCGCACAUGGAUCGUGUCGAAGUGACCACGCCACACCCAGCAGACCGAGGCAGGGUGCCCGUGCCGGAGGAACGGCUUGUGUAACAGCUGUAUCAGCCAGUGGCACCGACAGCAGCACCCGCGCCUUGUCGGAAAUGUCCAGUGAGCAGAAGAGGCGUUGCAUGCAGCGGCUUCUCGGCCCGACAGGGGCCGCGAAAUAGUUGCGGAGAACCGUUUGUGAACAACAGGGUUCGCAUGCGUAUGUUUUUCGCCGAAACUGUAGCUACUUUCUUGGAGGAAUGAGAGGCGUGUGUUCGGCCAUGACAAUGGGAUUGUUUUUGCACGCUGUCGGCCCCGUCACCCCCAGCGAACCCGCAGCAGACAAGAGCCUACUGCACUGUGAAGGUGUGAACAACCAGAGUUACAUCUGUGAGUCCGGACACUGCUGCGGGAAUUCUCAGUGCUGCAGCUACUACUAUGAGCUCUGGUGGUUUUGGUUGGUAUGGGCCAUAAUCUUCCUUUUGAGCUGCUGCUGUGUGUGUCACCAUCGCCGCACCAAGCACCGGCUGCAGCAGCAGCAACGGCAGCACGAGAUCAACCUCAUUGCUUACCGCGAAGCACACAACUACCCCUCGGUGCCCUUCUACUUCAGGUUUCUGCCCAACUACCUCCUGCCUGACUAUGAAGAGGUGGUCAACCGGCCGCAGACUCCUCCCCCGCCCUACAGUGCCUUACACACUGGUCCGUCCGCAGUGGCUUCUAGCCCGCUGGCUCAUGAGCAGCAGGGACACUGUCCAACCAUCCAGCCCACCCCAGUGCCCCCGGUCUCUGACACUCUGUGUUGCAGACCCAGCAUUGAGGAACCACAAACCCCCACCUUAGACUUAAGGCCAAAGCCUGACAACAAGCCCAUGCAGACAGCACAAGAGGCAGGCAUGAUACUGCUGCCAGAUGGGCUCAACAAUAGGGAGGGGCUUACGAGCCAGGAGAAAAGAAAUGAAAGUGGGGACGACACCUGCAAGGACCAACUGCUGAAGGGCCUGUCAGAGGGUUCUGUUGAGGACAAAGACCGUCUCCCCAAUGGAAGGAGGAGGCGAUUCACAGGAGACUCUGGAAUUGAGGUGUGUGUCUGCAGCACACGUGGGAGCAGCGGUUUUAGUGGAGCUGGAGGGACAGGCCAGGAAGGCAAAGAGUUGAGGGAGCUAGAGAGCCUGCUGGGGCGUGAUGAAAAUGACGAGGAGGAGGUGGGCGACUUCUGCGACAGCUGCGGUCAUCGAGCCUCCUUCGGUGUAGAGGAGGAGCAAGUGCUGGGCGGGCUGGAUAGGCGGGUAGCACAUGGGUCGUUGGUACUUCCUCAGCCAGCUCAACAGAUAGGCAGCGCCUCGCUCCACCCUCCAGUGUGCCUCCUCCUCCACACCAUCAACGAGCAAGAGGGGCCACACCUCAGUACCAGCACUGAGCCACAGGGCUGAACCGCAGUCAACGCACAGUUGUGUCACAGAGGGAAGGAGAGAACACUUGAGACAGCAUGGAGGCCUGUGCUUUUGUAUCUGAGCAAGUGUUUUAUGUCUAAAUACUUUCUGAGUGAGUAUUUUAUGAAUGUGCUCAUCUUAGAUAAAACAGGUGUGGGAGCAGGAAGUGUAAUCUCUACUGACUGUGGACUGAGAUCCAAAGUUUGAGAAAGCCUGAUCCUCCUCCACACACUGGAACAGUGGCCUUAACCUGUGUAUUUGGGGUUAUGUUUGGGCAGUCCAUGCCCUUUAACAGCCUGUGGCAAUUGAGACUUGUGUGUGUGUGUACACAAACACACACAGAGUCUGACACACAGUGAAAGAUGUCAUAGCUGAAGCUGGCACGACAGGACAGGACGUUCCCUGCUCUCCUCACCGGGUGCUUGCAACAAUUCUGGAAAGCCGUCCUCUACAGGCACACAACUAUGUAGUGAAAAAAAAACAGCAGGAACAUUUUGAAUGAGUGCAAUGUGGAUUUACCAGUGUGUGCUUAUGCGAACUGGUACUGUACAGGGACACAAGAACAAGACUGUGAGACGUCCUGUUAGAUUCACAAUUCUUAAGUGCUUUUUCAGCGAUUUAAAGACCGCUCUGCCUUGUAUCUGUUUUUGUUGCUCUCUAUCUGCCCCGCUAGUGAUAGAGAAGGAUAAGUGCAUUUACAAAUCUUAUUGUUAGCAUUUCCUAUUUUGCACAAAGUGUAUUUAACUUUAUAAAUUAAGCUUUCAGCCUCUAAAAAAAUAAAACAGAACAUGCAUUCAUUAAUUCAGUCUUAAAUUUCAGUACAUGACUUGAUGUCUUUUGUUGCAACAUCUGUAACAAAUGGACCUCUGUAGAUUGUUAGUAGCGAAUGCAACAGAUUCACUUUGGAAACAAUAAUUUUGUAUUAAUUUAAUAAAUGUUUGUAGUACGUGCCUACCUAAGGAAAGCGCAGAACUCGACGAACAAUGAUACGUUUUUGUGAAACUGACAACAUAAGACAAUAGGUACCAAAAACAGGAAAAGAAUAAAAGGCUUCUUCGAGAUUGAGAUGGGCAAACGUCAGACCUCAAACUUUGUGUUUCAGCCACUUGAAUAGAUUACCACCUUCACCAGCGAUACAGUAUGAAACAUUUACACUCUGUUUUGGAUUUUCAUAGUACUACAUCAUUUAACAUGCUUUGGUCAUUCAUUAAUUCAACUAUUAUAGGAGCUUCAUGAAUAGUUCAUUAAGGCUUAUUCCAGUCAACUGGACUAGUGUGACUUUCACCAUAUGAAUUGUUCUUUUCUUCUUUUUUAAGAAUGUGUGGCCCUGUCAAUCUUUUGCAAUUCUCCUAAUCAAUCUGAGAGAGGAAAUGCUCCUAAUAGCCUAAAAUAUGUGUUUAGUGUAUGUGUGUAUUCAUCCCAUACUCAACUUUAUAUGAAGGCAAUUAUCCCAUAAUGUAGCCAACAAAAUGCCAUUAACAGCUGCGUUGUUGACUGAACAAAGUAUCUCUUUGAGGACUUAAGGACUUCUUGAUUUAGUUUAGAAAUAAAAUAAAAAUAAGCAAAGAAUCAGACAAGGUUAUAAAACAGUUUGAUGGAAGUCUUUGGUUAUGCUUAUUAUCUGAAUAUCUAUGAGCAAGAGUUUACAUCACAAGAUUUUUUUUUUCAUGAUGGACAUACAGUACAAGUUAACAGGCAAUAUUUAUAAUUCUGAGGAUUGAAAACAAAAACCACAUAGUUACAUUAUAUGUAUCUUCUCAAUGCCUUUUGGAGUAUGACUGUUUUAAAUCUAACUUUGUAAUCCAAAGUGUACAGGGGCUUUAAUAAAGUAGAUGUUGAUUGUUGAUGAAUGUGCCACGACAAAAAUGCCACUGAUUAUAUUAUGAGCUUUUCUGUCUGAAACAAGUUACAUUUUAGUUUGCCUACUCUCUGAAACUAACUGGAAUAUGGUCAUGCUACAUGUCAUUGUAUCAUGCAAAUAUAUGUUUUCAGAUUUCCUUGGAGUACCCUCCAAAAUGCACAAAUUGCAGGGUCUGCAAAGCACAAAUGUUUCCGCCAAUUGGUCUCAUAGAUUUCUAUUUCUACCCUAAAACAAUCUAACAGAAAACUUCUAGCACAAGUUAAAUUGUAACAUGAACGUUUUGUAUUUACAUUAAGAUGAUUGAAUCUUACCCAUGAAUGCAUCAACACAUUCUUAAGUGCUUUAUAUGUUAAUGCUUUGUGUGACCUAGAAAGUGAUAUUGUGGUACAUGAAGUACCCAGACAAGCUAUUUUUUCAUAUCGGCUGAAUCCUUUGAAAACAUAAAAUAUUGGAACUGUAAAGAAAUUCUGAACCACUUUAUAUUUAAAAAUGUGUAUAAUAUUCUAUAACAUGUUUGUGAACCAAAUAGUUGCUUUCAUAUUUUGUAUGAAAUCAUUAGCUUUAUUGUUAUGGACAGAUGGCUUUUCUCAUGUGUAUUUUUUUUUCUGUUAAGAAAACGACUUAAGUUGUGUGAAGGGUAAGUGUGACAAUGCAGUAGAUCACUUGUUAUCUUGUUACCCAACACGCGUUUUCUUUCUUCACCAGUGUGUGUGUGAAAGGUGUCUUGACCAUCUUCUUUGAAUGUUAUGAUUACAACAAGCCAUUUAUUACAACAACCACGCUGUAUGAAUGUUCAAUAAACAUGCCUUUUUAAAAUCAA